UUUAUGGAUGGCAAAAAAUUCAUAUCAAAUUUUUAAUUCCAUUAAUGUUAUCAAAUCAUUUAUUUUUAAUAACCAAUGUUAUUCAUGCUGAAUCUAUUGUUGAUAUCGAUACAACAAUUUACAAUGAUUUAAAUCAAGAAUCAAUAGAAAAUAAUAAUGAAAAUUCUGAUUCAAAUUCUCGAUCAUCAUCACCAGAUUCAUCAUCUGGCCACAACAAUGAUGAUGAACAACGUACAUCAUCAUCAUCAGCAUCAGAAUCAUUAACAUCAACGACUGCCAAUGAUUUUGGCAUUCACGAUGAUGAACAAAUUCUACAAACAAUUCAUGCCAUUAGUGAGGGAAAAUAUUGUACGGCUUCUAUGAAUACUGCCACUGGAAUUUCCGCUAUAGGAACAUUUCCGUCCUCCAUUGCUUCAUCAUCAUCAUCACAUUCUAUGGUUUCUGCUAUGGCCAUUGUUAAUGUUUCGAAAAAAAUCGAUGAUGAUAAUAGUGAUCAAAAGAUUAAAAAUCAAAAAUUGAAUAGGAAAAAAUUACGUUCGAAUCAGCAAAGAAAACGAGCAACGGAACAAUAUCAGCAUCAUCAUCAUCAUCAUCAUCAUAUUCAUAAAUCGAUGAUUCAAUUGAAUCAAAAUAAUGAAAUGAACAAAUUAGAAUCAAUAUAUUCAAGAUUUCAUCAUCAACAAAUUAAUUUAUUACUUUUACAUGAAAAACAACAUUAUAUACGUCAUUCAUUGACUAAUAAUGAACAAUUUAGACGUGUAGAAAAAUGUAUUGAUCUUUUAGCAAGAAUUUUGGGCGAUUAUGAACCAUUUUUGGAUCGUUUUCAGCUUUUAAAUCAAACCAUUAUGCAGACACCAUUGAUUGAAUCGAAAAUUUCUAGUCUUUCAAUAGCAUGGAAUGAUGAAUCAUCAUCCACAUCAUCAUCGUUCGACGAUAUUAAAUUACAAUUUUUUCAAUGCAACGAAACAAUGCCAACAUUAAACAACAACAACAACAACAGCAGCAGCAGCCGCAAAAAAUGUCAUGUUAUUUCAGUGCUCGAAUCAAUGCAAGUGAUAUCGAAAUGGUUUUCAUCUAAACUAUUACAAAAAUUAAAAGAGAAACGUAUUUUUCAUCAUCAAAAUAAAAAUGAUUCAACAGAAUGGUCAAAUCUUUUCUAUGAUUGUCAUCAUAAUCGUUGGUUUAUUACAUAUCAUUCAUUGAUAUUACAAGCCAUUUAUGAUAAUGAUGAUGAUGAUGGUGGUGGUAUUGAUAAUUUAACAACAAAUAAAACGAAUGCGAAUGAUAAUUAUGAUAUUGAUUAUAAAUAUUGGUUUCGUGUUCGUGGCAUUAUAAGUGCCGAUAUUGAUGUAACUGACACUGAUAUUAAUCAAUGUGGUGAAGAAUUUAUUGAUGAAACAAAAACAACAACAACAACAACAACAUCGUCGGCAGCCAUUAAUGAACCAAAAGAAUGGCGAACAACAUUGAAUCUAUAUGGAACACAUAAAUGUCAUAAUGAAAAUAGUGAGUGUAUUUUUAUUUCUGGUCUUGGAAUGUAUCGUGGUGGUUAUCAAUGUCGAUGUAAAAUUGGGUUUCAUUCGACCGUCACAAAUUUAGGUCCCAAAUUCAAUGGUACAUUAAUGGAACGUUCUUAUCAGGAUAAACAGGAUGGAAAAAGUCCGGCAUAUGAUUAUAUGUUUAAAUGUGAACAUUGUCAACCUGGUUGUGAUCAAUGUCAAGAUAAUUCACCAUGUUUAUCAUCAUAUAAUUAUGCAUUUCGUAUAUCAUUAUUGACAAUAACAAUAUUAUGUAUAAUAUUUACAUUUAUAUUGGCUUUAAAUAUAUAUCGUUAUAGACGUUUAAAAGUCAUUAAGGUUGCAUCACCAAUAUUUCUUUGUAUUACAUUACUUGGAUGUGCUAGUAUGUAUAUUGAGACUAUAAUGAUAUUUCCUGUGAUGAACACUACUACUUGUGUACUGACAAAAUGGACUAGAAAUUUUGGUUUCUGUCUUACAUAUUCAUCAUUAUUAUUGAAAACAUGGCGUGUAUCAUUAACAUAUCGUGUGAAAUCGGCACAUAAAAUUAAAUUAACAGAUAAACAGCUAUUACAAUGGUUAUUUCCCAUAUUAUUAGUGAUGGUCAUCUAUUUGGGUGCAUGGACCAUUUCGGAUACACCAAAACCAAACUAUAUAGUUGAUUGGAAUAAUUUAAAAUUCAAACAAUGUGAUUAUAGCUGGUGGGAUCAUAGUCUCACUAUUGGUGAAUUUUUAUUUCUGCUUUGGGGUAUAAAAGUUUGCUAUAAUGUCCGUAAUGCUCAAUCAUUAUUUGAUGAAGCCAAAUAUAUUACUUGGGCCAUAUAUAAUAUAACCAUUGUAAACAUGGUCGUAAUUCUUAUCCAUAUAUUUAUUCUACCAGAUUCUGGUCCUGAUAUAAAAUAUUUUUUCGGUUUUCUACGCACACAACUGAGUACAACUACAACGGUUAUAUUGAUUUUUGGUCCAAAAUUUUAUCGUGUCAUCAAAGGUGAAGGUGAUCUAUGGAAUCCACGUGCACGUUGUAUGAUGGCCGAUACAUUUGCAUUCAAUAAUGGUAUUGGUUUAGCACAUGAAGAAACCACCGAUCUUUAUCAGGAAAAUGAUGAUCUUAAACGUGAAAUACAAAAACUUGCAGCACAAUUAGAAUUAAUGAAACUAUGUCAAAUGGAAUUCCGUAAUCGUCAUCUAAAUAAUCAUUUGAAAUUUUCACGUAUUCAACAACAACAAUCACAAUCAGAUUAAAUUUAUAAAUUCAUGUAAUGAAACAGACAAAACAGAACUAGAAAGCCGCUAUAGCUAUGGCUACCAUGAUGAUCAAAAACCUAUAUAUACGUACGAGAACAAGAAGAAGAAGAAAUGAAAAUGAUGACGUAAAAACAGAAAAACAGCAACACAACAAUCUAUUGCGCAAAUGUAUUAUCAAUCAAAUUUUGAUAUUGAAACAAAAACAUAACAUUUUUUCUUUUCAUCUAAAUAAAAUGCA